GUUAGAUCUAUGUAUUUUUUUUUGUGAAAAGAAUGUAUUUUUAGUUGCUUGAGAUCUAUUGAUGUACCUGAGCUAGAAGCAUGAGUUUCAAUUUUUUUUUUUUAUAUAGAUCUGUGUAUAUUUGUGUGCUUAAAAGCUUGGAUUAUGAGUUGGUUUUAGAUCUAUGGAUAGAUCUGUGAUAAAAGCUUUGAUUUUGACAAGAUUAUUUUGAUUUUUAUAUUUGUGUGCUUAAAAAAGUUUUGAUUUUGAGUUGGUUUUAGAUCUAUGGGGAGAUCUGUGCUGAAAGCUUUGAUUUUGACUAGAUUAUUGUGAUUUUUCUUGUUUUGUGAGGAUCUAAGGUAAGUAUUGAGGUUCUCAAGCAGAGAUUAGUUAGAUCUGAUCGUAGUUGUAAUAAAUUUUGAUGAACGGAAUUUAUUAUUCUUUAAUAAGUGGGUGCUUGAUAGGAUAUAUGUUAUUUUCUUUUGGAGGUGUAUGAAUUUGACUAUUUGAGUUUCUUUACCAAGAUUGGAGAGGUGACCUUUUUUGUAAAUUAAGAUGCGUGAGUUGACCCUUUUUUUGUUUCAUUAUAAACUCUCCAACUUCUAUAACUUGGGUAAAUGUUUGAUUUGGUUGCUAUCCAGUUACAAGUGCUAAGGUACUAAAGCUGGUUGUACUUGUUUUCCCUUUAAUUUUUUAAAGUAGAUUUCCAAGAAGACAGAAUAACGUGGUUUUAUUAUCAUGGUUGAGUGGAUCUGCUGGGUCUGGCUGUGGCCCGUGUUCGUAAAGAGGAGAGGUGGUUGGCAUCUCCUCCCCUAACAGUGACAGGAACAGCCUUCGGGCUUUACCUGUUACUACCAGACACAUCCAGUGGAUAUGCUUGGUGUGGCUGUGUUUAUCUAUAUUAAGAUGAGUCUACCACAGGAACCACACCGCCCUUAUCUCCGAUUUGGAAAUCCUUUCAAAAUGAUAUUACCCAAGGGCUCAUACUUGUCUCCCAAGCUUCUUGCUCUGUUGAAUUCAUUCGAGGAGACACUAGCAGGGAGGCUUAAGAGUCUUAAGCCUGGAGACAUGGAAGAUAUCCUUAGCCUAUCAUGGAUGAAACAAGCAAUAAGCACGCUUUGUGCAAUUCAUACAGAUGUGAAAACUCUUAUUACUGAUCUCGAGCUUCCUGUAUCUGACUGGGAUGAGAAGUGGAUUGCUGUCUACUUGGACAAUAGUUUGAAAAUGCUGGAUAUGUGCGUUGCCUACAGCUCUGAGAUUUCGAGGGUUAGCCAAGGCCACCUCUAUCUUAAGUGCAGCUUGCACAACCUGGAUGGCUCCUCAACACAGUUCAUGAAGGCUCGUUCUUCGUUGGAUGGAUGGAAGCAGCAUAUUAAUUCGAAGAACCAGAGACUGGAGAAUUGCUUUGCCAUCUUGGACAGCCUCACUGAAUCACUGGACCUACCCAAGAUCAAGAAUUCUGCGAAAGGGAAAGUUCUGAUGCACGGAAUGUAUGGGGUUAGGGUUGUAACUGUUUUCAUAUGUAGCAUCUUCGCUGUCGCAUUUUCAGGUUCUGCGGCGAAAUUGAAGGAUCUGCAGGUUCAUGAGACUUGCUUGUGGACAGAUGCUUUUGUUGAUCUUCGUGAUUUUAUUAGUGGAGAGAUUAGGAGCAUAUAUUCUGGAGGAAAGUUCACAGCACUGAAGGAGCUUGAAGCGGUGGAUGUUAGCGUGAAGAAUUUAUACCCAAUCAUACAGGAUGGAAUAGAUCCUAUUGACACAGAACAAUUGGAACUUCUAACUUCAGAUCUGACUGCAAAAACAGAAAAACUUUCGGAAGGACUAGAUCUCCUAGCAAAGGAGGCAGAUAAGUUCUUUCAAAUCCUUCUAACCGGACGUGAUGCUUUGCUUUGUAACCUUAGAGUUGGUAGUGCAGUCAUUAAACCAGUGCAACCAAACAACAAUGUACAUAAACAAAUGGUGAAGUGAAAGUUAGGAAAUAAAAUAUCUUUUGUGUAUACACAUGGGUGCGGGUGCGGGUGUGGGUGUCAAUGUGGAGUUUUGUGCUUUCUGGUUAAGUAUGAUGUACUGCUAAAGAAUGCAAUAUAUAGUAAUUGUUGUAAUCAAGGUUGUUUGUCGUGGCCAUAUAGUUGUCUUAUGGUGGUUGAUAUAUGUCUGUACUCUUCUUAUAAUAUGUCAAUGAUGUAUAAAAAUGGUUUAUGGGGUUCACUGAGAA